GUCCGACUCAGCUGAGUUUUGUUUAUCAAUACGGAGCUUAGAUUAGACCAUAAUGUACAUAAAGCAGAAGAAGAAAAGAAAGAAGAAAUUACCUAUUUCUAGACUUUGACUUUGACAGAUAAAUAAAAAAAUAUUUUUUGUUUACAGACAAAAAUAUAAAUAAAAGUUAUUUUAAUUAUUUAAUGAAUUAGGGAUCAAUUUAAAAUGAAUUAUGAUUAUACUAAUUCAAAUUUUCAUACCAAUAAUUAUAUUCAAAGAAAUAACUUUGACAGGUCUUCCGGUAAAUAUAAACAGAAGGUUAUGUUAUUAAAGCAAAUGAUCAGAGAAUAUGUGCAUGAAAAUGCAGCGUUAGUAGAUGAAUUAGAAGAGGUACAAAUAAAUACUGUCAUUAGAAAAGAAGAAAGAAAAUUCCUUUUAAGAAAAUUAUGUGAAUAUGAACCACAGGUAGCUCUAGAAGUUCAGAAUGCUGCUAAGGAUGGCCCUUCUUACCGUCCUGUUUUACCAAACCCAUCCUCCAGUAUGACUUCAACUGAAUCAAAGAAAAAUCGAAAAAGAGGGCACAUGAAUUCAUCAGAGAGGAGAUCUUCAAGCAUGAAAUCUAGAAAAAGUUCUUCAAAAAGUAGAAAAAAAGUCGUUCAACCAGUACCUGUCGACCACAAUGGCAAACCUGUAUUUCCCAUUGAAUUAGGACGACUCACAGUACAUUCUCUUGGUGAAGUGGUUCAUAACAGAUUAGAUUUUCAUUCUGAGAAUGCAAUAUACCCCGUAGGAUAUGUAUCUACAAGAGUUUAUGGAAGUUUAAAGGAUCCAACUCAAAAAUGUAUUUAUACAUGUAAGAUUUCUGACAUGAACGAUUUGCCUAGAUUUGAAAUAGCCUCAGAUGAUCGCAAUCCUCCAAUUACUGGUGACACUCCAGAUGUCUGCCAUUCUUUGCUACUGCAAAAUAUAAAUGACGCUCUCUCACUAAAUGUCGUGAGUACCAGACCUAGAGGACACGAUUUCUUUGGUUUAACCCACCCAAUGGUCCAGCAUCUCAUACAGAGUUCACCUGGAGCCAGAAGAUGUGCAAAUUACAAAUGGAUUAAGUUUGAAGUAUCACGGAAUUGUGAACUGUACACUGAUGAUAAUGAUGCCGGUUUAAGCUAUGAGUAUUUGCAGAGGAGUAUCAAUUUUUGUAAAUACAAGAUGGCCCCAGAUGUAUUACAGAGACCUGACGAUUUUAUGGAUUCGAAGGAUAAUUUGGUUAUUUUUUAAGAUAAUAAAAAUACUUUUAAA